CUGUAUUGGCUGUGUGUGUGCGUGUGAGUGUAGCAUGUCAGGACUUGUUGUGAGACGGGCGAAGGGGCGUGUCCUUUAAUGCGAGCACUUCGCGGGAGUGAAAGCAACUUGCUGUCAUCAUAAACCUACCGCUUCGUCCUCACAAGCACACCUAACCGCCGAGCUGACAAGAUUUACUCAGCUUUUCUUUUCUCCAGUUGUGGAAUAACAUGAACGGACAUCUAACGAAGUGUUUUUAAAGCAAGACACAUAUCCGGUGUCAGAGCAUUACAACCCUGGAAUAACAUUACUGACUUACAACACAUUUUGAAGUAUCUGGUAUGGCCCGUCCAGAGAUGGAAAGAAGGGCGGGUGAUCGCAACCCUGGAGCACCAAACAGCUGCAGGAUGGAGGUGCUGCGUCAGGACACCUGGCCCUGCCACCGGCACCGAACCAUCGCUACACAAACCAGCACUGUCUUGCCACUACUAACCCAAGUCACCACACAAGAUGCCUUCAGCUCGGACAGCGUCCCGCAGCAGGACAGUCCACUCAGGGAUAAUACAGGUACAGAACAGGAACUCUCCAGCCCCCGGCUUCCCCUGCCCGAUCUGCUCCCAGACAGCCACAGCUCCUCCGAAGACUCACCAUCCAGCAGCUCUACGGCUGAGGACGAUCCCAGGCUGGAGGAGCAGGCGGUCGAGAGGGUGGCCAUUCAGCUGAGGUCCAUCGGAGACGAGAUGAACACUGUUUUUCUACAGAGGAAUGCUGUCCCAGGCUGGCAGAACUGGAGAGGCCUGUAUCACGGGCUCUUCGCAUUCGUCGCCGACACCAUCAAUGCCCUUUACCAGCACGGCCUCAGAUAAACAGACGGGAUACGUCACAGGAAGAGUGCAGGCGCUCUCCUUCCGACCACUUUAAGACUCUGGGACUUUUCUGCGGGAUCAGAUGUCAUGUUUGUUUCUUUAUCUGUCUUUUGUUUGUUUUGGUUGGUUUGUUUUGUUUUGUUUUGUACAUCUUUUCCCAUGGAUUCUCAUGUAGCAUUAGUGACUGAAGUGUGUGUCCCGAUAUAGACGUCAGUAGGAGUGUGUGGCUCUCGGUGCAUUUGCAUCGUACUCUUUUGCAUCUUUAACUGCAGUGCUGGAGAGUUACAUUAAGUCGGGUUGCUCUCAAGCAAACAAAUUGAUUAGAUCUGUGUAGCGCCUCGGGCCCAGAAGUGCUUUGUGUGUGGUGGGUUCUCCUCUUUGCUGCCUUACAGGAGUAAUAACUGCGCUGCACUAUCAGUCACCAGUGGCGCAGGCCGCACACCUGCACACCAUUAAUGGAAAACGGGUGAUAAUCGAGAUAAUGGAAUGCUCACGCACUAUACUAAUGGAGCACAGUUGGAUCGUGCCUUGCUAGCGCUGUUUUUCAGCUCUUUGUGUACUUAAGCCAUCAGGGACAAUCAGUGGAUGGUGUGCGGGUUAGCCGAACCUGUUGCCCCGUAUCUGAAUCUAUACUUCGGGACACAAAUUUGCCACUUAAUUCAAAGAUUGGUCACCUCCAAUGGAGGUACAGGAGUUAGGCUGGAAGCCUUGUGGGAAAGCCAAACCACUAGUUAUUGAAAUGGCUGGAGAGCAGUGUUAAUAUUUGUAUGAAUUACACGUGUACAUAUUUUUGAGAAAAAAGACAGGAUAGAAUAAAAUGGGAGUUUUGUUUCUGAUGUGGUUUGUAUAUUUUGAUGAGAUGACCUUAAAGUACUUAUCGUUAAGUUCCUUUUUUUCGGUUUCUGUUUUGUUUUGUUCUUUGAAUAUUUUUUUGGACCGACACUGGAAAGCAGUUGUUUUAAAAUCCAGUGGAUUUCUGCCUAUUUGCCUAUAAAUUAAAUGAAGUGGCGUCCUGUGAAAAAUCCCCAUUAAAAUAUACCUAGCGCAUAGAAUUCUCAGAAGAACCCCAAGCUAAUUUAUUUUGUAUGUCCAUUAUUUGUACUUUUGGUUAUUUUGAUGAUUUGUUUUCGACAAAAAUGUUCUGCGAUGAGCAGGUGGAUUAACUAAGCAUGGAGAUAUUCAUUAGUGUUGGGAUUUAUGGACCAAAUAUCUCCAACUUAUUUGUCAACGUUCCCCUCAAAAGUUGUCAAAUAAAUCCAUUCAUAUUUUU